AUGGAGAGUAGGGGCAAGUGGAUGGCAGUUGGCAAAACUGCACUUCAUGGAGGCCACUGGAGCCAGAAAUAUGCACAGUGGCCUACCUUCCUGGUCGGAACUGGGGAUGGGGAAUCACUGGAGCUCAAGUCCUUGGCCAAGGGCAGUCCCUCCGCUUUGACCAUUGGUCUGGAAGGCGCCCUCCCCACCCCAGGACUGGCCGGGGAACACUCUGUGGGCAUCAUCUGCUUUCCCAGUCUCCAAAGGCUGGCAGAAGACGUUUCUGACCAGCUUGCCCAAGAACUACAGAAGGCCCUUGCUGGGAAGCCUGCAGAGAAAGCACGGGUGGCGGCUUGGGAGUUGCUGUCGUGGAAGGGGGACGUGGAUCAGGAUGGUUACCUGCUCCUGAAGUCAGUGUACGUGCUCACGGGGACAGACUCGGAGACACUGGGCAGGGUUGCAGAGUCUGGGCUUCCAGCCCUGCUCCUCCGGUGCCUUUACCUCUUCUUUGCAUUUCCUGUGGAAAAGGAUGAGCUUUUUGAAAAUGAUGUUCAAGUUCAGAGGAUGUUUGUGCAGAUGUUGCUGAACAUUUGCAGCGAGUCUCAAGCUCUGGAGGGACUUCUCUCGGGAAGCGACCUCCAGGCUCUACUGAUGGCCACAACCUGUCUUCGGGAGCACAGCUGCUGCUUCUGGAAAGAGCCCACCUUCUGCGUGCUGAGGGCAAUCUCCAAGGCCCAGAACCUCGGCAUCAUCCAAUACCUGCAGGCCACAGACUGUGUGAGGCUCUCCCUCCAGAACCUCUCCAGGCUGGCAGGCACUCUGCCCGCUCCCGAGGUCAGCGAGGCCGUGAACCUCAUCCUGGGCUUCGUGAAGGACUCCUACCCUGUCUCUGCGACACUGUUCCUGGAGUUUGAGAAUGCGGAGGGCUACCCCCUGCUGCUCAAGGUGUUACUUCAGUAUGACGGGCUGCCCCAGAGCGAAGUGGACCCACACCUGGAGGAGCUCGUUGGGCUGGUGGUGUGGCUGACGACCUGUGGGAAGUCAGAGCUGAAGGUGUUUGACAGUGUCACUUACCCUCAGCUUGAAGGCUUCAAGUUCUACCAGGAGGCUUCUGGGGUGACUGUUAAGAAUCUUCAGGCCUUCCAGGUCCUGCAGAAUGUCUUCCACAAAUCCAGCAACUCUGUCCUCUGCACGCAAGUCCUGUCGGCCGUCAGGACCAUGUGGGCCUGGAAUGCUCGAAACUUCUUCCUGCUGGAGUGGACCCUGCAGCCCAUCUCCCAAUUUGUGGAGCUCGUGCCCCUGAAGCCGGCCCUGGUACAGGUGCACUUCUUCCGGCUGCUGGAGGCCCUGGUGUUCGAGCUGCACUACGUGCCCCACGAGAUCCUGCGGAAGGUGCAGCAUCUGAUCAAGGAGAGCCCCGAGCCAUCCUGCACUCUUGUGGCCCUGCAGAGCAUCCUCAGUAUCGCUGGUGGGGACCCGCUCUUCAGUGACAUCUUCCGGGACUCGGGGCUCCUGGGCAUGCUGCUGGCGCAGCUGCGGAGACAGGCCAAGAUCAUGAGGAAGUCAGGAAACAAAGAGUCUGCUUCCGGUGUUCAGGAUCUGGAAAGAGAACUCACCUGUGUGAUGCUGAGAACUGUGGCCACGCUUCUGAAAGGGUCGAUUCGGAAUGCAGUUGUCCUGAAAGACCACGGAAUGGUGCCCUUCAUCAAGAUCUUCCUGGACCACGAGUGCUACCGGGAGACCUCGCUCAGCAUCUUGGAGCAGCUGUCAGUCAUCAACACCGAGGAGUACAUGAGCAUCACUGUGGGUGCUCUGUGCUCAUCCACUCAAGGGGAGCUGCAGCUGAAACUGGAUCUCCUCAAGGUGACUUCGAGUCUUCCUUUAUGAUUGGCUUUUCCGUGGGUAUUCACCACGUUUGCCACAUUUGCUCUUGCGUGUGUUUAUUCAGCAGGCCACUGUAUAGGUAGGGAGCACCCUGUAUGAGGUAGUGUUAAGUGCUGUAACAGGUAAGUCCCACAUUCUCAGUAGCCUGGCACAUUGGAAAUGUCUUUCUGAUGUACAGUCCAAUCAAUGAUUGGGGAUUGUCAUAGAAGGACAGCUGUCACCUGAGCCUUACUCAGCCAGCAGGUAAGGUAAGAGAGAAUUGCACAGUGCAUUCUUAUUCAGGUGUAGAACUGGCAUGCCUUAACCUCUGUCUCCAAUUUUCUUUGGGCAGAACUAGCCUGGGAGUAAGAGGUCCCAGGAAAUGUAGUCCCUGGUAGGCAGCUACUUCCUAGCAACACUGUAGACUGUGGAGGUGGAGCCUGAACGAGUGGUGACCAAACAGCUCCAUUGGUGACUUGACUAGCAUUUAUUGAGCAUCUGUGAAUUACCAGGCCUGGUGCAGAGUGCCUGGGACACGCAGUGGAAUACAGCCUUGCCAUCUGGGAGAUUAUAGACUGGUGAUAAUGAUAAGUGAGCAGUGGUUACAUGCAAUGUGGUAAAUCCCUGUUAGACACUGAGCGCAGGCUGCUGUGGGAAAGAGAAGUAGGAGAGACCAGCUUUGGUUUACCUGGUUGAGGAAGGCUCAUGGGGGAGAGAACCUGGGAGCUGAGAAAAAGAGGCAAAACACAGUGAAAGGUGUGGGGACAGUGGGGACAGAGGGGCAAGCAAGGUUGGGUUGUCAUGUUUGGGUAACAGAAGUAUGUGUUUUUGUAUUAUUGUUAAUGAUCAUCAAAUUAUCUUAAAAUAAUUAAAGAAAUACAGUAAAUACCGUCCCUACCAUCUUUUCUAUCUUACAGCUUACACAGUUUUGUUGCUGUUCUUCCUUUUCAUUCCUUUUGUCUCUGUGGGUUUAUACAGUGGUCCCCAACCUUUUUGGCACCAGGGACCAGUUUCAUGGAGGACAAUUUUUCCAUGGACUGGGGGCGGGCAAAUGGUUUCGAGACGAUUGAAGCACAUUACAUUCAUUGUGCAGUCAAACCUGUCUGCUAAUGAUAAUCUGUA